CCUCGAAGACAUUUAGGAGAAUAUAUUGUCGACUAACUUCCUGGCAUCAUCCUGAAAACUGUUUGUUGGUAUAUAAACUGGGAGCAUUAUUUUAUAUUUAGCUCCAAGCAUACUUAUUCCAGGAAGUUUCCAGAAUAUACCGAAGCAGUGUGUCUACGUGGUAGCAGACUUCUGGCGCGCGUCGUCGAAAGUCAGCUGAGUGGUAAAUAAGGAUGGCAAAAACAGUAUGCAUUAUUGGCGCGGGUCCAGGUGGGAUAGCAGCUGCCAGGGCAUUUAUGUACCCCAAAGGAGCUUUCAAAGUUACAGUCUUUGAGCAGCUGUCGAGAAUUGGUGGGCUUUGGCCCAGUAAUUCCACUGACAAAGGCUUAAUAAACCCGUCUAUGUCUACGAACCUGAGCAAGUAUACAGUCUGCUUUAGUGACAAAACGUGGCCAGAGAAUGAGCCUUCCCGCCCGAGCCCUCUGUUUCCCAAGGCCAGCGAUGUAGGCCAGUACCUUCAACAGUAUGUUGACAAGUACCUGAACAGCCCGUCGGUUGAGAUCAAAACAAGCUGCCGCGUUGAAGAGGCUAGUAUGGUUGAGGAUGAUGCCUCUAACCCAAUAAAAUGGAGGAUACGAGUGAAAAAGCUGCGUACUGAUGUUAAAGGGCCACACUCCCUAGAAACCGAAGACACUUCAGCCGACUCAAGAGUUAGUGUUGUUGGGACCGAGGAGCACUUUUUUGACCAUGUCAUAAUAUCUUCUGGAUUCUUUAGCAAGCCAAUAAUCCCAAAAACUUUUACGCAGAAAGAGGGCAUGCCCAUUCCCAUCAUUCACAGUUCAGAGUUUUCAAACCUCAAAGAAUUGUUGGAAGGCAAUAAAGGAACCCCAGGCAAGAUUCUGGUUGUGGGCGGGUCAAUGUCUGGCGCUGAAACAUCCGCGACAAUCGCAGCUCAGAUUUCAUCCGAGAUUCAUUCUCCUGGAAAAUCAGACAUUGAGUCUAUAGAGCAGUACACGAUCCACCAUGUAACGAGCAAGCCGUUUUGGACAUUGCCGUUCUUCUUGCCUUUGAAGACGCAGGUUGACAAUGAGAAGCAGGAUGGCAAGGUCAUUAAUCCGGCGCCAGAAUUUUUACCCAUCGAUAUGGUUAUGUUUAACCUUAGCAAUAGGUCUCCCGAAGAACGCUUGAAAAAUAGAUCUGGCAUCGUAAGCCCAGAGGCAGCGCAGAAGUCACACGCUGCCUUCAAAUUAUUUAACGGUGGUGAAGCAGCUGCCCAUGCUUUCUUGCCCGCAGAUAAGGAAACAGAUGCCCCUUGGCUAGCAAUCAGCGAUAAUUAUUCCUCGUUCGCUCAGUCCGGCGCGAUCAAAAUAACAAGGGGACGAGUGAAGUCCCUGGCCGACGAUAAUACAUCUGUCAUUGUCGAAAUGCCCUCGUCAACUGAAACAUUUGAUAAUAUCUCUGCGAUUAUCUUUGCCACGGGCUUUGAUAGCGCAUCCUCUCUGUCCUUCCUCCCUAAAUCCAUUCUAUCCACUCUUGGAUACGAUCCUUCAACUCCAGACCUACCGCUCGCCCUGUCAUUACACAGCACAAUACACCCCUCUUUACCUUCUCUAGGCUUUGUUGGGUUUUACCGAGGCCCAUACUGGGGCGUUGCGGAGCAGCAAGCAGCUCUUCUGCGCGUCCUCUGGCAACCCGACGCCUCGCCGCCUCCAGCUCUGAGCUCUGCCCUCGAAAACACAAGCUCUAUCAUUCCUGCACUACGAAGCUGUCGCAAAGAGACCCUGGAGAGACUCGCGCAGUUUCCAAUGGGUGAUUAUACUCACAUUAUGGAAUCUCUCCGAGAAAUGCAGGGCCAUGGGCCAGUUGAAGCUGCCGAUAGCUACUGUACGCCUGUCACACCGGCACUGUAUGCAACCGGUUUGCAAGGCCUCGGUGAGGGUGAAGAAGCUACAGAAUCUAAAGAAACCUUACGGCUCAUAAAACAAGAGAUUGACGGAAGCCGAGGUGGAAAAUUUGUGGCCAAGGCAAUCUUCCGCUCCCUCCAGGGGAACUGGGUUCUGAACCGCACCAUUAAAAGUAAUAUUUCGACAUACCCCUCGGGCUCUUUGUUUGGAACCGCGAGAUUUUAUCCCAGGCGCCCUACGGCCGAGGGUUUCGCAGCAGAGUAUCUGUAUGUUGAGGAUGGAGAUUUUAAGACAGAUACUGGGAUGCAGUUUAGAGCGACGAGGAGGUACAUCUAUAGGUACGCGGAGGCCGAGGACAAGUUAAGCGUUUGGUUUGUGAAAACGGACAACGAGACGGUUGACUAUUUGUUCCAUGAGCUGCAGAUGAUAUGCCCUCAUCCAACAGCAGGUGAACAGACGAGCAGCACUCUGCAUGGGGUCGACGAGCAAAAUUCGAAGGAAUUGGUACCGCCAAGGGACAGGAGAUGGAAGGCAACAUCUCAUCACCUUUGCAUUGACGAUACCUAUGACCCCGAGUAUGAAUUCGCAUUCCGGGGUGUGGAGGUAGCUAAAUGGAGUGUGGGGUAUCACGUGAGGGGACCGCAUAAAGACUAUUGGAUUGGGAGCGUUUUCACGCGGUAACCUUUUGAGAUUCAUUACGGGUAGAAUAUUCUACAUCGACGCACGGCGUAUUGUAUACAUGAUAGAUAUUAUGCUUUUCUAAACUGGGAAAUGAUGAAGUGUACGGCUUCACGUGGCGUGUGGGCCGUGAGCCCUGACAGUUGACAGUUCUGCAACUCCUGCCCCUUUUCAUUGAUGUGGGACACCAUGUACCACGCACGGACCAAUUCGCAUAAUUUCUCUUCAUCUCAGCCAAACAAUCUUAGCCCUCGCC